AUGGUCGACAAAAAUAUCUCCGUUGAACCAUGGUACCAUGGGCUGCUACCUCGCGAAGACAUAAAAGUGAGGGUAAAACUUGAGAAUCCUUUAACAUGAAUGAAUAAAAUUCAAUAAAACGGUGUUGAAGGUUUCAGGCAUCAUUAAUCUUUCCGGUAUUUGCCGAAUCGAAUCAAAAAACUCAUCAUAUUACGAAGUUAAGCAUAAAAGAUCAAAGAGACGCGGAAUUCCAUAAAAAAGGAACGUCCGAUGGCCAUAACAUGUAGAAAUUUUUACUUGCGCACAUCCUUUUCUUUUCGAAACAUCGAAUGGAUCCAGAGUGAUAAGAAAUGAUCACGGCGUUUAGACAAUGUUACGCAACCAUGGAGAUUUCCUUGUUCGGUCGACGGAACCUGCAAAAGGCAGUCCUCGGCAUUACGUCGUCUCAGUUUGUGUUAAAGAAAAGAUUGAAGAGGUUAUCAAUUCAAACUGGUUUUCAAGGCCUAAUCUUUUUUCAGGUGAAACACUUCGUGCUACAAGAGCACAAUAAAAAAAUUUACAUUGAAAAGAAUGGUUUCGAUACAAUAUCUCAGCUCAUUGAGUAUCAUUACGUCAAAAAGGAGCCCAUUUCGAAGGUUUUUUUUAGUUGGGUAUCUGUCCAACCUGCGGAGUGUUAACCUUCAAAAUAAUAAGAAAUCGCAGCCCAAAAGGGAAGGUAAGUUUUUGGACUCUAAUUUGAAUGAAAACUUGGAAAAAAUCAAAAAACAUAAAAGCCGCAACAUGAAAUAACUUUUGUUUGGAGAAGAACUGCCUCGAAAUUUGUUGUUCUCUACUGUAUAUUGACUUUACAAAGUGCGUCGAAUUAGAAAAUUGAAACACUGUUCUUAAAAAUAAUCGAAUUGUCAGAUUUUGGACUAGAAUUUUUGAGUGAAUUCUCUGGAAGUCCAUAGUGCAGAAGACCUUCCUUCUAAAACUAGAAAUCGGCCUAAAAACCUUCUCGAAACGAAAGUCACAGUAUUUGUCUGGGAAUUUUUUUUAUCUCGCGCUUGAAAAACGAAUUAAUCUUCUAACACAUUUUGGGUUUUCUUUUCGAAGUCACAAACUGCACAACUAUAUUGGACACGAGACUUCCAGGUCACAAUGCUGUUGACACCGAUCUCUAGACAAAGUUGGGAAAUCUCCCAUGAAGACGUGACAUUGACGAAAAAGCUAGGAGAAGGUGCGUUUGGAGAGGUUUGGAAAGGCAAGUUGAAGUUGAAAACGACGGACAAAGUUGUGGAUGUGGCGGUGAAGACGGUGAGUGACUGGAAAAUCGACGAGAUUUCAACUCUGUCCAGGCCAAGCUCGAAACAAUGAACAAAGCUCAAAUCGAGGAAAUAAUGCAUGAAGCUCGUCUGAUGAGGAAUUUGGAGGUUUUCAUCUUCGAAAAAAAAAACUGAGCAAAUAAUCCGGCUUUUCUAUCAGCAAUAAAAGACCUCUUUACAUUUUCUAAUUCGCAAAUCGAAAUUAUUCCAGCAUCCGAACAUCGUCAAACUUUACGGCGUCGCGGCUGGAAAUGAACCUCUUUACGUUAUCAUGGAGCUUGUUGGUUACUCGAAAUAUUAGUUUUCAACUCGGACCUUCAGGCAAACUGCGGCGCACUCGACUCUUACUUGCAGAAGAACACGUUUACCUUGGUUAAGAAGACGGAAAUGAUUUACCAAGCUGCUUGUGGACUAUGUUAUAUUCAUCAAAAAAACAUUCUUCAUCGUGAUAUCGCUGCUAGGAAUUGUCUGUACGGCGAUGGACAGGUGAGUCCAAAGCAGUUAUUCGAAACAAAAAACUUCGAAUUAUGUUUGAAAUUAAGUAGCUACAUCAGGUAAAAAUUGCGGACUUUGGACUGUCGCGAGAAGGAUCGGAGUACAAAAUGGACCUGACAAAAAAAGUUCCGAUUAGGUGGCUGGCGCCAGAAACGCUUCGCACCGGUCUCUAUUCAGACAAGUCGGACGUCUACGCUUUCGGUAACAUUUUUGGACCUUCGAAACAAAAUAUCUGAGAAUUAUAUCUAGGAAUUAUGUCUUGGGAAAUCUUUGAAAACGGAAAAGAGCCAUACCCCGGAAUGAUGAUCGCAGAGGUAGUCGCGAAGGUUUGUAAACCGGUUUUCACAGAAAACGGGGAAAAAGAUUUCAGGUGAACCAAGGCUACCGAAUGUCUUUCAGUUCUGAAAUUCACUCCGAUUUCUCCGGUUUCAUCUUAGUUUGUUCCCAGAACGAUGCUCUUGGAGACAAAAGUUACAGAAAAAGUGUUGGUCGGAGGAUCCCAAAGAACGGGCUGCGAUGUGGGAAGUUAUCACUUUCAUGAGAAACCAUUUGAAAACGAAAGUAAGAUUGAAUUUUUUCUAUUGUUGAAUGAUGAGUUUUUAGGAUGGUGCAGAAGAAAAAAGUAAAGAACAAAUAUCUCGCGAUAAGAUGGUCAAGGUGACAUUUUUUAAAAACCUGCAAAAAAACUUUGUUGUAGAAUAAAAAAAGCUUGUCGGCAGAGAAGUCAGCGGAAAGAGUGGUCAAGGCUAGUGCUAGUAGAGAAGCCGUUAGUGUGAAUCAGAAAGACAAAAAGAAAAAAGGGACGGUGGGUCGUGAAAAUCCAACUAAAACAAUCGGAAGUUUCAGUUAAUACAAAAAGUUUUCAAAAAAGGAAACAGCAACACAAAAACGUCGAAAACGCCGUUGGUGCAAUCGCCCGGAGCGCGACCGCCACAGUCGCGAACAGCGCCGCCUGUGCAGCAGUUACCGCCUUCGAUGCCGGUACAACAGAUCCAACCGACGUCACCGCUGCCGACGAGAUUGCCCCAACAGACAGUCCAACAGACAGUCCAACAGUUACCGCCUACAAUGUCAGCGCAAUCGUUCCAACCGACGACGCCGAUGCCGACGAGAUUUCCGCAACAGCCGAUGCAGACAGCGCAACCAAUGCCGGCUAUGUCGAUGCGCACAAUGCAGCCGAUGGAGCCUUACCAGCCUUCGUUCCUACCGACAGCGCCUCAGCUGGAGCCCUUGAAGCCUCUGACGAUUGAACCCUUUCAGCCCUUGAAGCCGUUGACGAUUGAACCCUUGCAGCCUUUGGCGCCUAUCCAAAUCCAACCUUUGCAACAGUUCCAGCCCCUUCAGCCAUUCGAGCCUGUCAAAUCAAAUUUACAACCUCUGCAACCGCUUCAACAAAAUCAAUCACUUUCGCCGGGACCGCGAAGCACGAAGUUUUGA